CAUUCACGUUUCCUGUUCAGAUGUGUUUUUUGCAGGGAGGAGCGCUCUUUGGAGUCCUGUCCUGUCUACAAUCAAACACAAGUCCGCAAACUUUUGGAAAUGGCUUCAGAUAUUCCUGGAUCGGUGACAUUGCCAGUCGCCCCUAUGGCAGCAGGACAGGUGAGAAUGGCAGGAUCCAUGCCUUCCAGAGGAGGAAAGAGACGUUCUGGAAUGGACUUUGAUGACGAAGAUGGUGAAGGUCCCAGCAAAUUUUCAAGGUAUGAUGAUGAUCAAAUCUCUGGUGAUAAGGAAAAAUUUGCAAGGGAGAACCAUAGUGAAAUUGAAAGACGCCGGAGAAAUAAGAUGACACAGUACAUCACUGAGCUGUCUGACAUGGUACCCACCUGCAGUGCGCUGGCCCGUAAACCUGACAAGCUGACAAUUCUCCGAAUGGCUGUCUCUCACAUGAAGUCUAUGAGGGGCACUGGAAAUAAGUCUACUGAUGGAGCAUAUAAACCUUCUUUCCUAACAGAACAGGAGCUGAAACAUCUUAUCCUGGAGGCUGCAGAUGGGUUCCUGUUUGUGGUUGCAGCUGAGACAGGAAGAGUGAUUUACGUAUCGGAUUCGGUUACUCCUGUGCUGAACCAGCCCCAGUCAGAAUGGUUUGGCAGCACUUUAUAUGAACAGGUUCAUCCAGAUGACGUGGAAAAACUGCGAGAACAACUGUGUACAUCCGAAAACUCUAUGACAGGACGAAUUUUGGACUUGAAAACUGGAACGGUAAAGAAGGAGGGUCAGCAGUCUUCAAUGAGAAUGUGCAUGGGGUCGAGGCGUUCUUUCAUUUGCAGGAUGAGGUGUGGAAAUGCUCCUUUGGAUCACUUACCUCUGAACAGAAUCACCACCAUGCGGAAAAGAUACAGGAAUGGGCUAGGCCCAGUAAAAGAGGGAGAAGCACAGUAUGCUGUCGUCCAUUGCACUGGAUACAUCAAGGCCUGGCCACCAGCAGGAAUGACUAUCCCUGAAGAAGAUGCAGAUGUGGGGCAAGGUAGUAAAUACUGCCUUGUGGCAAUAGGGCGGCUUCAGGUAACUAGCUCUCCGGUGUGCAUGGAUAUGAAUGGAAUGUCUGUCCCUACAGAGUUUUUGUCCAGACACAACUCUGAUGGAAUAAUCACGUUUGUUGAUCCAAGAUGUAUUAGUGUGAUAGGCUACCAGCCGCAGGAUCUUCUGGGGAAAGACAUAUUAGAAUUCUGCCAUCCGGAAGAUCAAAGCCAUUUGAGAGAGAGUUUCCAGCAGGUGGUGAAACUGAAAGGCCAAGUCCUAUCUGUGAUGUAUCGUUUUCGUACCAAAAAUCGGGAAUGGAUGUUGAUCAGGACCAGCAGCUUCACUUUUCAGAAUCCUUAUUCUGAUGAGAUUGAAUACAUAAUUUGCACCAACACUAAUGUUAAACAACUUCAGCAACAGCAAGCAGAGCUUGAAGUGCAUCAGAGGGAUGGGUUGUCAUCUUAUGACUUAUCUCAGGUGCCUGUUCCAAGCAUACCAGCUAAUGUUCACGAGGGUGGAAAGUCAGUGGAGAAGCCAGAUGCAAUCUUCUCCCAGGAGAGGGAUCCUAGGUUUGCUGAGAUGUUUGCAGGAAUAACUACUUCGGAUAAAAAAAUGAUGGCCUCAGCAUCCACUGCAGGAAACCAGCAGCUCUACUCCCAAGGAAGCCCAUUUCAGCCAGGACAUUCAGGAAAGGCUUUCAGCUCAUCUGUGGUACAUGUCCCCGGUGUGAACGAUAUCCAGUCAUCUUCUUCAACAGGCCAAAAUCUGACCCAGAUAUCUCGCCAGUUAAAUCAGAGCCAAGUUGCCUGGACUGGGAGUCGCCCACCAUUUCCAGGACAGCAAAUUCCAUCACAGUCUGGCAAGGCUCAAUCAUCACCCUUUGGGAUUGGAACUAGCCAUACUUAUCCAGCUGAUCCGUCCUCAUACAGUCCACUUUCGAGCCCAGCCACCUCUUCCCCAAGUGGCAAUGCCUACUCCAGCCUAGCAAACAGAAGUGCAGGGUUUGCUGAAAGUGGUCAAAGCAGUGGACAGUUCCAAGGGAGACCUUCAGAAGUCUGGUCCCAAUGGCAAAGCCAGCAUCAUAAUCAGCAAAGCAGUGACCAGCACUCUCACCAGCAGCCCAGCCAGACUGAAGUGUUCCAGGAUAUGCUGCCUAUGCCGGGGGAUCCUACCCAGGGUACUGGCAAUUACAACAUUGAAGAUUUUGCUGAUUUGGGCAUGUUUCCACCAUUUUCUGAAUAAUUCACAAAACAGGAAGAAAAGCCCUCUGACAUGCGGUUCUGCAAGACCAUUUCAGUGUAUUGUUGGCUCUGCUUUUUCUGUGUUGCUUUACUUGUAGAAGCUACUAAACAAGAAGUCACAUCUCUCAUGUUUCAGAUAGGAGAAAGCGAGCUCCUACAUCUCUCCUUUCAGGGCGUGACUGCUGCCAAAGGAGAGACAGGACUAGUUGGUGUCCAUUGACAGAUCCAUAUUUUUAUUUUCUUGCCAUCUACCUCAGAGAUGAAAAACUUUGCUUGAUUGUGAAAAAUCUCUGAGUCUUAAAUAUCUGAAUGUGAAUGAUUGCUAGUAUUCCCUUUUGAAUGGUAAUUUUUAACUAGAUAAUGAAGUAACAAAGACUAACAAAAUGAAGGUAAGGUAACGUCGUAUUACAGUGCCAAUUUUUCCAUUUCAAUGCCUUGCUUUCAACUUAAGUUUCUGGAAACAGACUUAAUGUUCUCUUUUCGAUUCCUGUAGUUUUUAAGGCCAGCUUGAAUGUGCGAUUAUACAGCAUAAUAUGAUCUUCUCAGACCAGAAGAUUCAGCCUCUUUUUUUAUUUUUUAUUUACCCCAGUUAAACUUGAAUGUGUGUACAUUUUAGUACUGUGUGUAUAUCUUGUGCUGUAUUAAGUGAUUUCCUGUACUGGUUUCUUUUGACCUAUGAAAUGGCUGAUUCUGGAGUGUUCUGAAAAGGGUAACACUAUAUGGGGGGAUCCAAACAUUGUUGCAUUCUCAAUCCCUUUACCUGUUAACUCAGGUAAUUCUGAUGUAGGCCAUACAUUUACUUACACGAACUCUUACUCCUGUUUUUGCACUGCUAAAUGAGGCCUAUUUUUCUAUAAUUUUCUCAUGAGCUGCUCUUUUUUUUGUUGUUGCCUUUAGCUCUUACAUUCCCUGAGAGAAUUGUUUGUAAAAAUUACUAUAAAACAUAUCAAGAAUAUGAUUUCUGCACAAGCUGCAUUUCCUUUCUAUGAACUUUGUUUUCAUACUGUGAAAUGUCACGUUUUUACAGUCACAAAUGAUGACCUGUUGCAACAAAAUCAUUCAAGCUCAUUUCCAAGAGCAAUAAGCCACUUUGUUCCAUUGUCACACAGUGCUGUUGAAUCUAAUUUGUAGCAGGUAUGAAUCAGGUUGUUACCUGCAGUGAAGUUGACUUCUUUUUUUUUGCUUGCAUUCUGACUUGCUCAGCAUCUCCCUGUUUUGGCAGGUUUUCAAUUUGCUCACCAUUUAAAAGAAUUGACCACAGUGGUGCAUGCUUUUCUAUGAUAUUAAGGUCUGUGACUUCAGUUUUGCUGGCUGAUGUCCCUGUCCAUCUAAAAUGUGCUGGACAUUCUUUGUGUGUGCGUCCACAUGUACACUUCUUGAUUACAGGGACCUUA